CAAUCGUGUCAUGAUGCUGAACCUGCUGUAUUCUUACACCACGUUAGCGCUGUUCGCUGUAAGCCUAGAGCUGCUGCGACGGGUACUAAAGGCGCUAAUCUUUGGAUUUACUGGUCCCCUGUCCAGAGUUCCAGGGCCGUUCUGGAACAAACUCUCACCACUGCCAUGGCGUUUGGCGUUCUUGAAGGGCACUGCACCUUUUCUCGCACAGGACCUUCAUCAUCAAUACGGCGAUGUCGUGCGAGUCACCCCGAAUCUGGUCUUGGUGUCUGACCCAGUAUCGGUCCAUCGCGUUCUCGUGGAAUGGGAUCUGCAUAAGAGUCCUCUCUAUGAGAAAUAUCGACAGAACCCGCACGUCGCGACGUUGUUUACGGAGAGAGACAAGGCCAAAUAUCGCAUUAGACGAAGACUGCUCUCGAAUGGCUUCUCAAUGAGCUACCUCAAAGCACUGGAGCCGCUGAUGCACGGCUGUGUUCAGGUUCUGGAGGAUGUACUGGAAGAGCGCUGCGCUGCUGGCGGCGGGACAGCGACUGUCAACAUCUAUGAUCUGCUCAGCAGUCUUGCUUCAGACAUCAUGGCUGAAUGCUCUUUUGGAGGCUCCUUUGGCCUUGUUCGCCAGGGCCACCAUCCGCUAAAGACGAGGAUCACCAACUACAUGAAGAAAGCAGCCCUGUACCAAACUGUGCCUCUAUUGAGUCUCUUUGGUAAGCCUCGAGAUGAACAGCUCGAUGCAAUUGUCCAAGGCAUCAUCGACAAGCGGCUGCACAGCCAGAAGGAGAGCGAGCGGAGAGACCUUCUUGACAUGCUUCUCGAGGCUUCAGCUGAAAAUCCUGAUAAGUUGAGUAUGGAGGACAUCGAAGCUGAGAUGUUUGUGUUCCUACUGGCUGGGAGCGACACAUCUGCCGUGACGGCAACUUUCUGCCUGAUGAAACUUCUAGAGAACCCAGCUGCUCAUCAGGCACUGAAGACAGAGCUGGAUGAGCUUCUCGCAUCAUCGAGCGAUCCGAUUGUCGACGAGAACACUCAUAACUUGCCAUAUCUGAAUGCAGUCAUCCACGAGACACUUCGCAUGCUACCCCCCGCAGCUGGCGGCUUUGCGCGACAGGCUUUGGAGCCCGUGACGGUUGGAGAUUAUGUUCUUCCGGCUGGUGUAAGUCACUGGCGUUGUGCCUGCAAAAACGCGACUAACAAAAUUAGACAUUGGUUACAGCAGACACAACAGCUCUCCACCGUGAUUCUCGCGUCUAUCCCGACGCUGACAAGUUCAUUCCUGAGAGAUGGAUCUCUGGGCAUGCAGGCGAAAAGGCUGCCGAAAAGAAUUGGUAUCCGUUCUCAGCAGGCUCACGAGUGUGUAUUGGCAAGCAGUAAGGUCCCGUUCAGUCUUUUCGACGAUAGGUGCUAAUUUUGGCAGCUUCGCGUUGAAGGAAGUCCGGCUCAUCCUGGCUGUUCUGCUGCGACGAUUUGACCUCACGAUCGUACCAGAUCAGAAAAUUCAGUACCGGCAUCAUAGUGUACUGUACAUUGCCUCGGGGGAAUAUUUGGUUGGUGUUCGUAAACGGGUGGCGUGAUGGCUCUGAAAUGUGCUGGAAAUCCUCCGAGGGCGAUCUGCGAUGCCGGAAUAACUCUCAGUGCAUGAUCAAAACGUAUAUAUGUUA